UGUUGUUAAUUUAAUUAAUCAAACAGGAAUUGUUACUUCAGUCGUUAUUAUUCUGACCACCUGUUCACGUGUUUCAGCUGAUCGUUGUUAAUAAUGGCGAACACGUGGGAAUGCCGAAAAUUGAACCGUGGCAAAACGGACACGGGGUUGACGCACGAAUGUGGCGUUUUUGGGGCAAUAGGCUUGGAAAAUUGGACGAACAAUUCGGAAAUCGCACAGAUAAUAUGCAUUGGAUUGGAGGCGUUGCAACACAGGGGUCAAGAAUCGACCGGCCUGGUGACGUCGGAAGGCGACAACGACUUCCACGUGCACAAGGGCAUGGGCCUGGUGAAGCACGUGUUCAACAACGACCACAUCUCGAAGCUGCCGGGCACGCACGGCAUCGGUCACACCCGUUACUCGACCAGCGCCAAGUCCGAACAGAUCAACUGUCAGCCGUUCGUCGUGCACUCGAUGCACGGGGCGCUGGCCGUCGCCCACAACGGCGAACUGGUUAACGCAGGCGCACUGCGCAGUCAGGUGUUGAUGCGCGGCGUCGGUCUGAGCACGCACUCGGACAGCGAGCUGAUCACGCAGGCGCUGUGCCUCAUACCGCCCGACGGUGAGGUCAACGGACCGGACUGGCCGGCCAGGAUCAGGCACCUGAUGCAGCUGGCGCCGUUGAGCUACUCGCUGGUGAUCAUGCUGAAGGACAGGAUCUAUGCGGUCAGGGAUCCGUACGGCAAUAGGCCGUUGUGUCUGGGGAAGAUAGUGUCGAAUGCCAAUUCGGAGGAGGUGACCGAAGGGUGGGCGGUCUCUUCGGAGUCUUGCGCCUUCAUUACGGUCACCCGGUACGUGAGGGAGGUGUUGCCCGGUGAGAUACUGGAGUUGACGCGUAAAGGCGUCAGGACCAUGGACGUGGUGCAGACUCCGGAAGGUAAAAAUUUGGCUUUCUGCAUCUUCGAAUACGUUUAUUUUGCCAGGCCGAAUAGUAUUUUCGAGGGACAGGAGGUUUAUACGGUGAGGAAUUUGUGCGGGGCACAACUAGCCAUCGAACAUCCGGUCGAGGCGGAUAUGGUUGGUUCGGUGCCCGAAUCCGGCAACUCGGCUGCCUUCGGAUAUUCCAGACAAUCGAAUAUCCCGUUCGGGGAACUACUCACGAAAAACAACUACGUAGGCCGGACGUUCAUACAACCCAGCAACAGACUGCGACAGUUCAACGUGGCGCUGAAGUUCAGCCCAAUUCUCUAUAACGUGAAAGGCAAAAGAAUCGUACUGAUCGAUGAUUCGAUAGUACGAGGCAACACAGUGGGUCCCAUUAUUAAAUUGUUGAGGAGAGCUGGGGCGAAAGAAGUGCACGUCAGGGUCGCCAGCCCUCCAUUGAGGUUCCCGUGUUACAUGGGCAUCAACAUUCCUACUAAGGAGGAACUUAUUGCCAAUACGUUGUCGUCGAAGGAACUGGCAGAAAAAGUUGGUGCGGACAGUUUGGAGUACUUGAGCGUGGAGGGCUUGGUGAAGGCGGUCGUGAAGAAUUUGGAAACCUCAGAACCUAGACAUUGUACCGCUUGUCUAACAGGCGAUUAUCCUGGCGGUGUUCCCGAUGAAUUAACUUGGUGAAUGAUUGCCAGACGUAGUAUUGAAACGAGUCUCUCUUGUAUAUCUCAGAUUAUGUAUGUGUGUUAAAACAGUAUUAAUGUCAUGUUGUGGUGCCGGAAAACCUCCUUAUACAAUAAGUAUUAUUGUGCCUUAUAAUUGAAAUAAUUAAUUUAAUUUUUAUAUUAAUUAAAUAUAUUUACUUACACUUAACAAA